UAGGCUGCGGUUGGACUUGAUGAUCUUCAAGGUCUUUUCCAACCUGGGUAAAUCUAUGAUUCUAUGAUAUUGCCCAUGGCAGAGGUAGUGGUGAAGUCUGUGCCCUGUAUCUCCAUUGCUGAGCCUACUUUGCCUAGUUCUGUUGUGCUGUGUGCCCCCAUAGUGCACUCAGUAUAUAACUAUGUCCUGAAAACUUACCCAGUAAAGAUCGCAGCUGCAGACAGACUGUGCUCAGAAAAAAGGAAGCCCAAGUAAGCUAUUUGCCACUGACCUUUAAUUGCAAUGCCAAUGUUUGGCAAGCAAACAUUCAGAAGCACGCCAUUAAACAGGGAGGCACAGCUUUACCACAGUGAAUGCCAUCGAGGGGUGCAUCUGGGACAGGCCAACGACUUCCUUCUCUUCCUCUCCCUCUCCCAGUGGAGCAGCCUGUUGCAGCCACCACCUCUGCAGUUGGGCUGCCAGUAGCAACUGGUGUGAACUCAAUACAUGCCAGCUCCAGGGACCUGAUCCUGACCACGGACUGUGGCUGGGACACACUUACUGGGGAGUGUGCAGGAAAUGAAUUGGUGUUGGUCAGGUGCAGUAAUAGGUGCAGCAGUGGUGGGUAUUUUUCCCUCUGGAGUAGCCCAGAAUUAGCUGUGUUGGUCAGUUUAUAAUUAGCUAUUUGCACUGACAGGAUUCUUUUUCUGUUAGAUGUUUAUAGUUUUGUCUCUUCUUUUUUAAAUGUGAAAAAUAAUUGGUCUUAAAUAUAUACACACACGUAUAUUUAGAAUUACAUACACACCUUGAAAUAAUGAUCUAUAAAAAGGGAGAAUCCUUGCCAGGUGAACACUGCAGCAGAAAAGCCCGAGCCACAGGCAGGGCAGUGGUAAGCUUCCCUUUUCUGAAGCCACUCAAAGGUUAACCAGGGUCUGUAAGCAAACAGCUUAGAGAAGGAACACAGCUUAAUGCUGGGGAUGCCAGCCCCUCCUGAAGCCAGUGGCACGCACACAGGGGCAGCCCUUGCCCUCAGCAGCACAGCAGGGAGCCCUUUGGGGAUGGCUGGGACUGGGCUGAGACUGAGGGAAGUCGAAGGAGGGAGUGUUCCUCUAUUGCAGGCGUAGGAAGGCAGAUGUAUAUGCAUAAAAACCCUGGAAGCGGAGAGCUGUUGAACACACCCACUCUUCCAUUCACUUGGCAGUACUGGACUGCAGAACAGCAGAGCACAGCAUCGUACCGGUACAGAGGAGCUCUGCCCAUGGGCUGGCGGCUGCUGCUGCUACUUCUGCUGCAUGCAGUUUGGAAAGGUGCUCUGGGAAAAUCCCACUCACUCCACACCCGAGGAAUCAUUGAAUUGGCAGGUGCUAUAUCAUGCGGCACAGGACGGUCUCCCUUGGCAUAUAUUGGCUAUGGAUGUUACUGCGGACUGGGAGGACGAGGCUGGCCUAAGGAUGAAACUGACUGGUGCUGCCACAGGCACGACUGCUGCUACGACAAGGCAGAGAGAGAGGGCUGCAGUCCAAAGGUACAGCGCUACCAGUGGAUAUGCGAGAAGAAUGUUGUACGGUGCGAUAACCUGACGGACAAAUGUGAAAAAAUGUUGUGCCUGUGUGACCAAGAAGCAGCAAAGUGUUGGGGAGCAGCCCCUUACAACCCACAGUUCAUUCUCUGGCCAAACUUUCUAUGUGGGCAGACUCAUCCAACCUGCCAUUUCAAGUAUGGAGGAUCAGAAUAGUUGUGUUGUUUGUUUUUUUUUUUUAAGGAGCUUUCUUCUAAUCCUUUGAAUCUGAACACACUGGAAUAAAAUUAUACCUCUUUUCCCAAAGCUAA